ACCCUGCAAACAGGAAGUUUGACACAUGCAUAGCUCUGAGCUUCUGGUGAAGAAGUUGUUGAGCUCCUUCUGGAAAUAUUUGCAGUUACUUUAAGUAAAGAGUAAAUGCCCAUGAAUGGCAGCGUAUAGAGAACUACCUUGUAACCAGUUCACGGGCACGACUACUGCUCUUCAGAAAUUAGAAGGCUUUGCCAGCCGCUUAUUCCAUAGACACUCCAAAGGUGCUGAUCUGAAAACAGCCUUGGAAAAUGACAGCCUUCAUUUCUCUGAACAUACUGCUGUAUGGGACAGAUCAAUGAAAGAAUUUCUAGCCAAAGCAAAAGAAGACUUCUUGAAAAAAUGGGAAAAUCCUCCUCCGAAUAAUGCCGGGCUCGAGGAUUUCGAAAGGAAAAAAACCCUUGGAACAGGUUCAUUUGGGAGAGUCAUGUUGGUGAAACAUAAAGCCACUGAGCAGUAUUAUGCCAUGAAGAUUUUAGAUAAGCAGAAGGUUGUUAAGCUGAAGCAAAUAGAGCAUACUUUGAAUGAGAAAAGAAUAUUACAGGCAGUGAAUUUUCCUUUUCUUGUUCGACUAGAGUAUUCUUUUAAGGAUAAUUCUAAUUUAUACAUGGUUAUGGAAUAUGUCCCAGGGGGUGAAAUGUUUUCACACUUAAGAAGAAUUGGAAGAUUCAGUGAACCCCACGCACGGUUCUAUGCAGCUCAGAUAGUGCUAACAUUUGAGUACCUCCACUCACUAGACCUCAUCUACAGAGAUCUCAAACCUGAAAAUCUCUUAAUUGACCAUCAAGGUUACAUCCAGGUUACAGACUUUGGGUUUGCCAAAAGAGUUAAAGGCAGAACUUGGACAUUAUGUGGCACUCCAGAGUAUUUGGCUCCAGAAAUAAUCCUCAGCAAGGGCUACAAUAAGGCAGUGGACUGGUGGGCAUUAGGAGUGCUAAUCUAUGAGAUGGCAGCUGGUUACCCCCCAUUCUUUGCAGACCAGCCAAUUCAGAUUUAUGAAAAGAUUGUUUCUGGAAAGGUCCGAUUCCCAUCCCACUUCAGUUCAGAUCUCAAGGACCUUCUACGGAACCUGCUGCAGGUAGACUUGACCAAGAGAUUUGGAAAUCUAAAGAAUGGCGUGAGUGAUAUAAAAACCCACAAGUGGUUUGCCACAACAGAUUGGAUUGCUAUUUACCAGAGGAAGGUUGAAGCUCCAUUCAUACCAAAGUUCAGAGGCUCUGGAGACACCAGCAACUUUGAUGACUAUGAGGAGGAAGAUAUCCGUGUCUCUAUAACGGAAAAAUGUGCAAAGGAAUUUGGUGAAUUUUAGAGGGGAACCGUAAGAUGACAUCCGAGCUCACACUCAAUCUUUGCUCUCUGUAGAGAGAGAAGGUGGAGCUGAGACCGUCCUUGUUGAAGCAGUUCCCUAGUUCCUUCAUUCCAGCGACUGAGUGGGGUCUUUAUUGCCGUCAUCCGUGUGUGCACUCUGCAUCCGCCUGUGUCACAAGGCACCGCUAGGCAGGCGUCAUCUGUGCCAUCACACAGUGCUAGACCACUUUCCUCCUCCCUUUGGGUUGGCUCUCUCCUCUCCUACUUCUUCCUUUUCGGUCCCAUCACUUUUCUCUAAACAGUGCUCCAUUUUAUUUCAUUGGUGUUUCAGGUGGGCAGUGUUGUGGCUGUGUGAUAAUUCGAAGGGAAGGGUACAUGUCGCUUUCAGUAGUCCUGACAGUAUUUUUGUUGGUCAGUGGCUUGAUGGUAACCAUGCUAAUAAUUAUUUGUACUUUGAGUAGCACACACUCAGUUUUGCCAAAACUCUGGACGAUUUUCGAAGAUAGACUGUCUUAUCACGCAGGAAAUGUAUACAAAUGAAGAAAGACAAUAACUUUGUUGGAAUUCUGGCAAUAAAUGUAGAUAGACUGAUGCGGAGUAGCUAGAACCAGCAAUUUGGAUAGCUAGAGAUCAGAAGUCCUAUUUCCCUUCACCUCUUUUUAUAUAUUCCUCCCCUUGAGUAAUGGAGUGAGCAGCCUGGGUAGUGUGACGGAAGUGUCUCACUCAGCAGGAUAAACUAAUAAUAUGGCUCAUCACCCAGAUUCUGUCACCCAGUACCAGCAUUUCUGUAGGUAGUAGAGAAGAAUUCUAAGUUUUCUAAACCUUAACUCUUCAUAAGGACUUUAGCCAGUAUUUUAUUAAUAGAAUAAGAUUAAUAAAAAGUGACAAAUUUUGAAGUUUCUCAAAUGGUCCUCACUGUAAACUUUUUAAAGGAAAAGAAACAAACUAAAAAGAACAUAG